AGCACGAGAGAGAGAGCUCCCAUGCCAAAGUGCGCGUUGCUUGGUGGGGGGCCCAGGUUUGGGGGGGGCGGGGGGGGUGUUAGGGGCGGGGUUCCACCCUAGCAUUUGUCUCAGAGUCUCAACCCCACCACCACCAUCACCACACACCCACAAAGUGCCCUUCCCACCAUCACCACCAUCACCACCUCCUCCAUCAACUGAACUCUCCACUCGUCAACCUCGUUCUAGGAUGUCGCGUCCGGCGCGAUAGUUGGUAGGGUCCAGUGAGCGAGUGGUUCCACCGUGAGAAAAGCUUAUUGAUGAGUUUACCUCCUGGCGUGAGAGAUGCACGAGACGUGCAGGAGACGUAAAGACGCGCGCAGGAAGAGGGGACGAUUGGGCUGAGGGAGACGGCCCGCAUCGCUCGGGAGACAUCAAUGAAAACGCCUUGGGAGUCGUGGAAUGUGUGAGUGGGUGAGUGUGUGAGUGAGUGUGUGAGUGUGUGUGGGUGUGUGUGAGUGUGUGAGUGGGUGUGUGUGAGUGUGUGAUUGUGUGUGUGUGAGUGUGUGAGUAGGUGUGUGAGUGUGUGGGUGUGUGUGUGUGAAUUUGUGUGUGUGAGUGUGUGUGAGUAGGUGUGUGUGAGUGCGUGUGUGUGACUGAAUUUGUGUUUGAGUGAGUGUGUGUGUCAGUGUGUGUGUGUGUGUGCUUGAGCGUGGGAGUGUGUUUGAGUGGAUGUGCGUGUAAGUGUGUGUGAGUGCGUAUUUGAGUGAGUGUGCGUGUGUGUGUGAGUGUGCGUGUGUGAGUGAGCGUGUGAGUGUGUGUGAGUGUGUUAGUGAGUGUGUGAGAGAGUGAGCGUGUGAGAGUGUGCGUGUGUGUGAGAGAGUGUGUGAGUGUGCUAGUGAGUGUGUGAGUGUGUUAGUGAGUGUGUGAGAGAGUGUGUGAGUGUGUUAGUGAGUGUGUGAGAGAGUGAGCGUGUGAGAGUGUGCGCGUGUGUGAGAGAGUGUGUGAGUGUGCUAGUGAGUGUGUGAGUGUGUUAGUGAAUGUGUGAGAGAGCGUGUGAGUGUGUUAGUGAGUGUGUGAGAGAGUGUGUGAGUGUGUUAGUGAGUGUGUGAGUGUGUUAGUGAGUGUGUGAGAGAGUGAGCGUGUGAGUGAGUGUGUGUUGAGGCUCGACGAGGGAUAUUUGUCUACGUGUGUGUACGAGCGUGUGUAUGAUGAGUGCGUUUGUGAGUGUUUGAGUGAGUAAGUGAGCAUCGCUAUGGAUGAGCGUUAGCGUGAGUGAGUGUGAAUGUCAAGGUGUGAGCGAGUGUGAAUUCCCGGCACCGCUGCGAGAUUGGACCCAGAGCGCCACCACCAGCACCACCAGCACCACCAGCACCAGCACCACCACCAGCACCACCACCACCAGCAGCAGCUAAAGACCCGACAUCGAACCCGGCUCUCGAGCGCCAUGGUGCUGGAAUUGAACUCGAGUUUCACCGCCGCCGCCGCAGCCGCCUCCUCCUCCCUCAUCCCGUCGCGUCCCUCCAACCCCGGCGGCUACCCGGCGGCCCACCCGGCCAACGCGACGUCCGAGGCGGGCGGCCAGGGCCCCGCGUGCGCCGACCAGGUGCUGCUGUACGGCCUGGCCGCGCGCGUCCUCAUCGGCCUCGUGCUCGCCACGAUCACGGCGCUCACGAUCGCGGGCAACCUGCUCGUCAUCCUCUCCGUGUGCGCCGUCAAGAAGCUGCGGCAGCCCUCCAACUACCUGCUCGUGUCGCUGGCGGCCGCCGACCUCUCCGUGGCCUUCGCCGUGAUGCCCUUCGUCCUCGUCACCGACCUCGUGGGCGGCGAGUGGAUGUUCGGCCGCGCCUUCUGCAACGUGUUCAUCGCGCUCGACGUCACGUGCUGCACGGCGUCCAUCCUCACGCUGUGCGUCAUCAGCGUGGACAGGUACCUGGGCAUCACGCGGCCGCUCACCUACCCGGUCCGGCAGGACGGGCGGCUCAUGGCCAAGAUGGUUCUGGGCGUGUGGCUCCUCUCCGCCUCCAUCACCCUGCCGCCGCUCUUCGGCUGGGCGCAGAACGUGCGCGGCGAGCGCGUGUGCCUCAUCAGCCAGGACCUGGGCUACACCUUCUACUCCACCGCCGUCGCCUUCUACCUCCCCACCGCCGUCAUGCUCGUCAUGUACUACCGCAUCUACCGCGCGGCGCGCAUCAGCGCCAAGCGCCACCGCAUGGGUCUACCGGCCCCGCCGCCGCGCUCUCCGCCGACGCAGCAGCAGCAACCGCAGCAGCAGCAGCAGCCGCCGUCGUUCUCAGCGCCCCGCGGCGUCGGCUCCCCGCCGGCUACGCCGCCCCCGGCAGAGCGGCCCGGGCGCAGGGACUCGAGCGGCAGGCACCCCGAUGACGGCGACGUGGAGGCGUGGAGCGGCGAUGUCCGGGACCCCCCCCACGGGGUCUGCAUGUCCCUCAACGGGGACCACCUCAAGCGGCCACGCAGGGAGGAGGAGUGCGCCACGCUUUCUCGCCUGCUGCGCAGCGACGGACGCAACAUCUCCAUCUUCAAGCGCGAGCAGAAGGCGGCGCGCACCCUCGGCGUCAUCCUGGGCGCCUACACCCUCUGCUGGCUCCCCUUCUUCACGCUCUCCACGGCGCGGCCCUUCAUCUGCCGCUCGUCCUUCUCCUCGGCGCCCAACGCCUCGGGCGCGACCGGCGACGGCCUCGGAAUCGGAGCGAGCGGCGGGGGCUUCGGCGCGCACGGCGACUCGGACGGCCGCUUCCGGCUCAUCGCCGCCUCGGCGGGGGUCGAGCUGGGGGCCGAUCCGAGCCUGGUGGACGCCGUGUGCAGCUGCGUGCCGCUCAGCCUCGAGCGCACCUUCCUGUGGCUCGGCUACGCCAACUCGCUCGUGAACCCCCUCAUUUACGCCUCGUUCAACCGCGACCUGCGCACGGCGUUCCGCAGCGUGCUGCGUUGCCGCUACCGCAACAUCAAUCGCCGCCUGUCGGCCGAGGGCAUCCACGAGGCCCUGCGCGUGGCCGAGAGGCCUCACUUCCUGCUGUGAGCUUGAGGGGGGCCCCCUGCCGCGAACGCUCCCGACCGCUCGGUCCGC